AUGGAAAGUAUUGAUUGGACCUAUUUCAAACGUGCAACACAUGUAUUCAAACAAAAAAUUAAUAUAGAACCAACAACAUUUGAUGAAGAAUUUAACGAAUUAGAAAAGGAAUUUAAUUUAUCAACGAGUGGUUUAUAUAAAUUAAAAGAGAAUUUGACAAUUUAUACUCAAAGUGUACAAAAUAUUUUAAUAUCUUCAAGAAAUGUUGGUACAUUUACAAUAGAUUUAUAUAAUCCAUUGAUUGAAGGUAGUAACUCGGAAAAUUCAAUUCAAGAGGAAGCUUUAAUUUUACAAAAAGAUGUAAAAUUAUAUAUUGAUUGUAUAUGUGAUGCAAUUCCAAUGAUUUCAUCCGAAAUUAGUCUUGUUAAAGGUACAUUAAUUGAAUCUGUUAAUGCAAUGAUUUCUAAUUGUGAAAAUAUUAAAAAGAAAUGUAAGAAAAGGAUACUGAUUCUAAUUGAGAUUGAUUCAAUUCAAUUGAAAUUAAAUAAAAUUGCAGAAAGAAGAAGUUCCAAUGAUUUAUCCUUGAAACAAUCACAACAAUCUUUUAGCUUUGAGAGAAAUUUAAAAGAAAUUAAUGAAUCAUAUAAUACCAUUAACAUUCAAUUGAAAACUGAAUUACCAAUUUUUCUUCAAUUAAUUGAUAAGGCUAUUAUUCCGAUACAAAGACUAAUAUAUUUUUUACAAUUAUUAAUAUAUUAUCAAGUUUCAAAUAAUGUUUCAGAAAUGAAGGAAGCAUUUAAUUGCAAUUCAACUGAUUCAAACUACAUUUUGGAGUUUAAUAAGAGACUUCAACCUUAUAUAGAUUCUGCUGAUCAAUUAACAAUCGUCAAAUUUAGGGAGAAUUUCUAUUCUAAUUUAAUUUCACCUUCAAAAAUUUGUCAAGCUAUAUUCACAUUUGAAGCUAAAGCUGAAGGAGAUCUUUCAAUUAAAAGAGGCGAUAUUAUUAAAAUUACCAAUAAAGAAGGAAAUUGGUAUACUGGUGAAUUAAAUGGGAAAAUUGGCAGAUUUCCUGACAACUAUGUUAAAAUUCUUUAA